AUGCGUCAAGAUUCAUUCAUUGUUCGACCAGUAAACCCUCAAGCAAACUCAAACUUUUUAUCGAUACUAUGUUUUUGGUACACAAUCAACAUUUUCAAUAAGGCUAAAAGAGGUGACCUUAACGAAGAUGAUCUUACACAACCUUUGGAUGAGCAUCAAUCGUCACAUUUAGGAGAAAAACUUGCAAUACUUUGGUCUAAAGAAGUGAUUAAAGCCAAAGAGAAACGCAAAACACCAAGGCUUCAUUUAGUACUGUACAGAUGUUUCAAAUGGCAAAUCGUAGGAUUCUCAAUAACAGCAGUGAUUUUGGAAAUGUUUGUCAGAAUAUCUCAACCUCUCUUUUUAAAACUUUUGUUAAGAUACUACUCUACAGAUAAUUUGGAAAAAUUGAUAAGUCAAACACAAGUAUCCAAAUACACAUACCUAACCAGAAUUAUAUUCAUUUAUGAUGAGGAUCAAGGUCCUAUCUCUAAAAAUGAAGCCAUUUUCUUCACUUUGGGAGUUAUUCUUUCAAGUUGGAUGAGUAUUGGAAUAGGUCAUCCCUACUUGAUGGGCAUAAUGCAUCUUGGAAUGAAAAUGAGAAUCGCUUGUUGUUCCUUGGUUUACAGAAAAGCUCUGAGAGUGAAACUAGAGUUAGCUGGUGUAAACUUGAUGGGCAACGUGAUAAAUCUACUUUCUAACGAUGUUAAUCGUUUUGACAAUGGAAUCAUGUUCCUGCCCUACACUUGGCUCUGUCCUUUACAAAUAGCCUUUGUCACAUAUUUUAUGUACAUGGAGAUGGGUCAUGCCGGAGUUUAUGGGAUACUUGUACUCAUAAGCGUAAUUCCUAUCCAGAUGUGGUUAGCUGUUAGGGUUAUGACUCUGAGACAUCAGACCGCUCUCAAAACAGAUGAAAGAGUGAGAGAAACUAAUGAAAUGAUACAAGCUAUUCAGGUUCUGAAAAUGUACACUUGGGAAGACGUUUUCAUGAAAAUCAUUAACAGAAGCAGAAUGGAAGAAAUGAAUCUAGUUAAGCAAAUGGGUUACAUAAAGGGCGUGCUUAUGUCGUUCAUCAUUUUUUCUUUUCGAUUUUCCAUAUUUGUGACAGUCAUCGCUUACGUUUGGUCUGACGGGGACAUAACUGCCGAAAAAGUAUUCGUUAUUACCGCAUUCCUCCUUAUCUUACGCCAAACUGUGACUAUAUAUUAUCCACAAACUCUGGCUCAAGGUGCAGAACUCAUAGUUUCCCUACAUCGCCUAGAGAAUUUUCUUAGCCUACCGGAAUCUUCGGUAGGAGAUCCCACGCCCCUAAGACCAAACUAUUACCAAGAAAUUGAAGAUGGAUUCUUGAGACCUAGAAAAGUGUCAUCCUAUUCCGAAAACACUUUCCUUAGGACCGUCGGAGCUUCUGUUAAAAUAGACGGUGAUGUAAUUUUGAAGGAUAUCAAUUUGGAAGUUGAUCCAGGUGUGUUGACGGUUGUUAUUGGUCCUGUAGGUGCUGGAAAAAGUAGCUUGCUAUAUCUACUGCUUGGGGAACUAUCAUAUUUCGAAGGAAAAGUGGAAGUCAACGGAGUAAUAUCAUAUUCCUCUCAAGAGCCGUGGCUUUUCUCAGGAACAAUCAGACAGAAUAUCUUGUUUGGAAGAAAAUUUGAAAGAGUACGUUAUGAAGAAGUUUGUUAUGUAUGUGCCCUCAUUACAGACUUUAAGUUGUUUCCUCUGGGAGAUAAAACAUUUGUAGGUGAAAAGGGUGCCUCCCUUAGUGGAGGACAAAGAGCUAGAGUCAAUUUAGCUAGAGCAAUCUACAAAGAAGCAGAUAUUUAUUUACUUGAUGAUCCUCUAUCUGCAGUCGACGCUCAUGUAGGAAAACAUUUAUUUGAAGAAUGUAUUAGUGGAUACUUAUCAGAAAAAAUUGUGGUUUUGGUAACCCAUCAGUUGCAAUACCUGGAAGAUGUUGAACAAAUUGUUUUGAUGAAGGAUGGCGUCAUUGAAUUAAAAGCAGAUUAUGAUCAUAUGAAAGAUUCUGGUUUGGAUUUUUCUCUACUUAUGUUAGAGCAACUGACCCUGACAGACGAUAGAAUACACCGUCCAUCAAAAAGCAAAAGAUCUGUUUUACUUAAAAUAGUGGCAGAAAUUUCAAGGAGAAGCAUAGCAGUUGCUACUUUCAUUGAUAAAGAAAAUCAAAAUCCUCCAAUGCCAAAAAUUACUAGAGAAAUACACAGACUUGGUGGAGUUGGUUGGCCUGUUUAUAAAGAAUAUUUGACAGCUGGGUCUAGUGGUUUAGGGAAUUUUUGCAUGUUUUUUCUGUUCGUCUUCACCCAGAUAAUUGCAAGUAUUUCCGAUUAUUACCUUUCAAUGUGGAUCAAUUUGGAAGAGGCACAAAUUAAAGCAGAAAAUGUAUCUUGGACAACUCGGAGCACUCACAUAUACAUAUAUUCCUGUAUCAUUUCCGUUUGUAUAGUCAUUGCAAUAUUGAGAUCUAUACAUUUCUUCUACCUAUGUACGAAAGCUUCAUUGAACUUACAUAAUAAUAUGUUCCGAGGGGUUGUAGAAACUAGAAUGAAUUUCUUUUACAGUCAUAACUCUGGUGAAAUUCUGAACACAUUUUCUAAGGACCUUGGUGCGAUUGAUGAAGUUCUUCCCAUCUCUCUAAUAGAUACCUUUCAGAUUUUUUUAAACCUCUUUGGAGUAAUUAUAGUUGUUGCAAUUGUAAAUCCAUACUUCAUGAUACCAACAGUUUUAAUUUGCCUCAUAUUUUAUUUUAUGAGAAAUUUUUAUUUAACAAUCAGCAACAACAUCAAAAGACUGGAAGAUGUUACUAAAAGCCCUGUAUUCUCCCACAUAAAUUCCACCCUGCAAGGAAUAGCAACCAUCCGAUCAAAUGGAGCUGAAAAAAUUCUGACAUCAGAGUUUGACAAACAUCAAGAUAUACAUAGUAGUGCAUGGUUCACAUACAUCGCAACAGCUAGAGCUUUUGGUUAUUGGUUGGACCUUUUGUGUGUUGUUUAUAUAAGUAUCGUAGCUUUCAGUUUCUUAUUUAUGUCUAUGGAAGGCAGUUUCGUUGGUUUAGCAAUAACCCAGACCAUCAGUCUAACCGGACUGUUUCAAUGGGGUUUGCGUCAAUCCGUAGAUGUUGAGAAUCAAAUGGUUUCAGUUGAUAGAGUCUUGGACUAUAUAAAAUUAGAUCAGGAGCCAAAUUUGAAAUCGACACCAGCUGAACAACCGCCCUCAGAAUGGCCUGCAACUGGAACCAUUGAAUUCUCCCAUGUUUUCAUGAAGUACGGGCCGCAGGGCGCUCAUGUCCUCAGAGACGUCACUUUUCUUAUACAAGACAAAGAAAAAAUCGGUAUAGUUGGUAGAACUGGCGCAGGGAAAUCGUCACUGAUUGCAACUCUCUUCAAACUGGCGUAUUUUUAUGGAGAGGUAAGAAUAGAUAAUUUGGACAUAAGUCAGUUGAGUUUGCACGAUUUGCGAAGGAAAAUUUCUAUAAUUCCCCAGGAGCCGGUUCUCUUUAAUGGAACGUUGCAGUAUAACUUAGAUCCUUUCAGCGAGUUCGAUACAAACUGGAUAAUGAAGGUUCUAACUGACCUUGAAAAUAAGGAUGCAUUAAAUCACGGUAAGGAUUGCCUACGACACAUGAUUAUAGAGGGUGGGAUUAACGUCAGUAUUGGCCAAAGACAGAUAAUUUGUUUGGCUAGGGCUUUAUUGAGGAAUAAUAGAAUAAUUGUCAUGGACGAAGCAACUGCUAAUAUUGAUGCGAAAACUGAUAAAUUCAUACAGUCCAUUAUCAGAACUAAAUUUUCAAAUUGUACUGUUCUCACCAUAGCACAUAGACUCCAUACAAUAAUGGAUUUGGACAAGGUAUUAGUAAUGGAUGCGGGACAAGUAGCUGAAUUUGAUCACCCCCAUAUUCUUCUACAAAAUCCUGACGGGAUUUUCACAGGUAUGGUUGAAAAAACCGGCGAGCACAUGGCCGAAAGUUUAAAAAAAAUUGCUAAAGGAACUUUUGAAGCCAAAAUAAAAACGGAUUGAAUCUUAUAAGUUUAGGAUGUCAGGAAGUCAUAUCAAUAAAGUUAUUGAUGGAUGUGACACUAGAUAAUUUCAAAUAAAAAUUUGUUUUUGAAUUUCAAUACAUUCCUCUUGAUAUUAUCAAUCUGUUCACCUCAUUACAAAAAGUUUUCAAAUGUUUUAUUGGCCUGAAUUAGUUUAAGAGUUAAUGAAUUCAGUGUUAGUGUACAUAAAAACAGAAAUAUUUAUUCUUUUAUUGUUAUUCAAUAAUUUCAGAAUUUUUGUUGUGGUAUAUUUUGAGUUAAAGGUAAUCACAUAUCAUCACAUAUUAGGCAAUAUGCGUUUAUAGAAAUAUGAACCUAAAUAGAACAUACUAGAAUGAUAAGCUUGGUAUUAAUGUUCAAUGUUGUACAGGGUGUUCUUUUCAAAUUCAUCUUCUGAUUAAUGUCAAACUAACAUAUCUUACUGAGCAAAGAUAUUUUAGUUAUGGAAAAAAUUACAACUUAAAAAAAUUAUUGCUUAUAUUCUAUGAAGUUGAAUUUGAACAAUAAUGAAAUAAAUUGUUGAAUUUUACAUUUGUUUAGUGAAAUUGUAAAUGGAAGAGCUCGCAAUAUUAGAAAAUAUUUUUCCUACAUUUUAAAGUUGGGAAUUGAUAUACGUCAAAUAUCUAAAUAACUCCACCCAAAUAAGACAAGAAACAUUUCGAUACUGAAGACUCUCUCAGUCGGAUUAUUUAAUAGAGCUAGGUCAUUCCGGGCCAUCUAGCCGUAGUCGUAACGGUUUUUUACCUAACGACUCGCCUAGAACUGCUAUAGGUAUGUUCAGAGUUUUCUCGGUCGUAGAUUGGAGAAAUCCCCAGAGGAAAACCUCGGAAGAUGUCCAUCGCAGUUUUAGGUGAAUCGUUAGAUAAAAAAACAAUUAGGGCAGGUUCACAUGACAAGCGCUCAACGCGUGUUUUUACAACGUACAUAUAUGCGCAUGCAUUUUAUUCAAAGCGUAUACAUGCUAACGCGCGAUUUUAUGAAACGCCCAUUGGACGCUGGGAAUAGAGUACAUGUAUUUGUGAACGCGCGUUGAGCGCCUGUUAUGUGAACCUGCUCUUAGAGUACGGCUAGAAAGCAUUUAAUUUGGACAAACGAUAUGUUUCAAUAAUUAACAAUUUUUUUAUGAAGCUCUUCAUAUCCAUUUUUAUUUCUACAUUUUUCAUUGUUAUCUUCACUACUUUGCUAUCAUGAAAAAAAAUCACCUAAGAAUUUUUUUUUUUCAAAAAAUUUACCAAACUAUAGUGUUCAUUUUUGCACUAUGAGAACAUUUGAAAUUAUGCAUAUCCAGAAAAAAGUUAAAUGUGAAAUAGUUAAUGCUCUAUAUGGUACUAAUUGUGUUAUUAAUUUUACUGUGUGAACAUGAGGUAUUUCAUCGAAUAAUUUAAAAGUUUCAUUUUAUUUGAAAUUGUCAUCUUAUGCAGUUUUUCAUCAUACAGAUCAAUUUCUGUUCCAAAUAUUUCCUAAAUCAAUUGUUUUGUAGAUAGUAAUAAAUUUAUAUAAAUUAAAUUUGAUAAAAUACUUUAUGCUAUUUACCUCCAAGAGUAUUGUUUGGUGCCAUUUUUGUACAUAUUUUGUCUAUAUGAAUGUUAUCUCAAUGUGAUGUUCUCCAUCCAAUAAGAGUAAUAUUUACAAAAUCAUUUGUGUUCGUCAUUGUUUUUAAAACUUAUAAUACCAAAAAUCAUGAAGUGACAAUAAAUAUAUUGACUUGAA